AUGACCUUUUGCCUUCCCGAGGCCCAUGCCUUCUGGCUUAUCUACUCUUCCAACUCCCAGGGCGAGCAACUCACGCCGUUCCUUGGCGGCAGACUUGCACCCAAAAGCCACAAUGUGAGAAGGAGUGACCUUGGUUGUGAUCUCCUGCCACCUUGCAUGAGGUACUCGUCCGCCUUCAAUGACACCGACGGGAGUGUGAUCUCCCCACAAUUCACGGACCUCGAUCCCGACGCUGAUGACAUCGCUGGUCCCGUCACCUGGUCUUCUCCCACGGACACCUCCCAGGUCGUUUCCUAUUCUCUGUUUUGGAACGACAAUGCCGGUGGUGUGCUGGUUGCAGAGCUGCCGGUGGGGACCAACAGUUACACAAUCCCUGUUUCGACCAACGCGACAUAUUCAGAGAUCCUCAUCUACUCACAGUCUUCCUUCUCGCUGCAGUCCACACCAGUCUCGGUCAGCGUGGCCGAUGUGGACUUUUCCCCUCAAGCCCUUGCAUUCGUGGACAGGCGGCUCGACGCGGGCGAGCUGGGCGGCAUCAUUCAGUGGACUGCACCCAACAGUAGCGAGGUGCAGCACUACAACGUCUACUUGGCGAUGGAUCAAGUCGGCACCGGCCGCUCGCUGCUUGGCAACGUGGACGCCAGCACCUACAGCUUCGCCUACACAGACAGCGCGACACUGCAGCAGUACACACAUGCCCUGGCUUACACGGAGUCAAGCGUUGGCGAGCAAGACUUGCCAUCGGCUGCUGAGCUUACAGACACCUCGGCAAGCGUCUCCAACCUGGCCUUUGCAGACAGCGACGCUGACUUGCUGCAGAUCGGAGGUCGUGUGACGUGGACGCCGCCUGUUGACUCCUCACAGGUGACCGGCUAUCGCCUCUACCUCUGCGAGGGUUCCAGCUGCAGCUCCCGAGCGCAGCUGGGGAGCCAGGUCGCUGUUGGUACCAACCAGGUGUCUUUCACGGAGGUUGAUGUUCUUGAAACGCAGACGCACAUAGGAGCUUACACCAAGUCGAGCUUGGCGGAGCAGUCGACGCCUGUCAGCAUCGUUCUCUUUGACUCCUACAUCUCGGCUGGGAACAUCUCCUUUACGGACGUGGACGUGGACGAGGGCCAGAUUGGGGGCAACCUGAGCUGGGCAGAGCCGGCCGACAUCUCCCAGGUCACCGGCUACAGGAUCUACCUCGGCACAGGGGCCUCCGUGAAGAUUUCCCAUCUGGGCGAUGUCGCCGGUGCUAUCAACACGGACUUCGAGGUACCCAUGGACACGGACAGCAACGGCACGACCGACCUGCUGGUCUGCCUGCUGUCGGAUGGCGUGGAACAGUCGGGCACUCGGGCAACCAAGCGGUCUGUUUGCGAUGCUUACAUCUUCAGGGACACCACUGAGAGUGUGUCCGGCAUCGCCUUCCAGGGCAAGGACCUGUUCCGCCACAGCUUGGAGCUGACCAAGCCUCGGCCUCUGCUCUCACAUCUGGAGGACCUGGAUCUCAAUGAGCUGGGCGGAACGGUUUCCUGGACUCCGCCUCUGGUCCUGGUCUACACCCAGCAAUACGUGGUGUAUCUAGCAGAGGACGCUUCCGGCACAGCUCGCUCGCAGGCACCGGGCGGAAACGAACUCUGCUCUGCUGUCGGUUCCGCUACAGCUAGAGUGCUAGACCUGACAGCCACCGUCCAAUCAGAUCGGUGGAGGUUGAGUCUCCGGUUGCAGUCGGCCAGCCUCCCGGGCAUUGGUGCCGGCUUUCCCACUGCACAGUGGACCCUGAGUUUGAAAGGCUCAAGAGGCAUCGAAAGCGUCAGUGAGCAUGAGCUCAAGAGUUUGCUUUUGCCGGUCCAAGGCACCAACGAACUCUUGGUGCCUGCUGACACGCCCCGGCUGAACUUCACCCACUUUGUCGUCUAUACGCAGACGGCCUUUCAGGAGCAGACAACACCAGCCAGCUUAGCCUUCGAUGAUGCCGUUGCCGCCCGCAACGUGGGCUUCACAGACGACGACCUAGACCAAGGCGCCAUCGGCAAGGGGGAGGAGGAGAAAUGGAAGGAAGUGGCCCACCUGGUAGGCCUGUACGAAGAGGAUGAGGAGGAGGCGGCACCCGCCACCGACCUCUGCCACCCAGCAGAUGGGGAUGCUCAGCGAUGGGAUGCCAAGUAUCUCCAGAAGCGAACGCUCCGUGAUGAGGACGCCGAACUGGACAACUUGACUCUCCUGUUCGGCGAUCUUGAGGCUGCCGUUCUUGCUGCAUUCUCGGCUGAGGCGCUGGAGGCGCUCGAUCUUCCUCAACUUCGGGCACUGGCUCGCAGGCUUACCGGUGCUGGUGGAGAGUGGUCGGGGACCGCUCGAGUGGCACGAGCAUAUCGUGCAGGGCUGGGCGCCAAGGCGCAUCUGAACGGAGGUCAUAAGAUCUCCUCUCCGACGCUGCCUGGAUUGAGGAACAGCUUUUACAUUGUUCUACGUGGCCCUUCGCAUCCGGAGGGGAUCUGGACCAAGAGCUAUCAGACCUACGCUGCUGCUGUCCGCCCCGUCGGGGGCCCUCGGGGUUCCUUUGAUUCGGCAAGUGCCUCCCAUUCCUUCCCGUCACUCGCAGAAGCGGAAGCAUAUCUGCUGGGAGCCGGGCGGCCAAUCGGCCGCCCUGGGGUGGAAGAGCUGGCACUUACGGUGAGCGGCGAUUCUGCACUGCCCCCCUUGUAUCUUACACUUCCUGCUGCCGAAGAGGGAGGAAGCGACCGCUACGCCACUGCUUUCCUGCUGAGGGUGCGGGCCAAUGGCUUCAUGGUGGUGCUCCCCGACUUGCCGGCCGUGCGGGAUUACGUCGAGGGCCUUCUCAACGAAGACGGCGACAGGGUGGCCCUUACUAUGAGGGAGCAAGUCCAAGUGGAGACUGUUCGGGGCCGCCACCUUGGUCCUGGAGCUGCUCUGCUGGCGGACUUUCCUUGGAGCAGUUGCGGCUACUUUGUCCGUUCGCUGCGCGGCCUACCCGAUCGAGCUUCCCGUGUUCUCUCGGUGUCGGUCGGCACCGUACCUGGCAGGCCUAUGUCACAAGAUGCUUUGGACACUGCUGGAAGGUGGGUGGAACGCUUAGAUCCGGACACCGCCCAGGAGUACUGGGAAAGCGCACAGGAGGUCGAUCUCGAGGCGGAUGUCGACGGGGAGCCCAUGGACGAACUGGCGGAGGAGGAGCCGGCGCAACCGGCGCCAAACCGCGCUCUGGGAUCGAGGGCGCUCCCUGCAGCCGCUCGGGCUUCCCAAGCUCCGCGGACUGGUGCCCAGCCUGGGGGCAAUCUCUUCAACGGCGGCCGGGCGAUGACGGAUGCUGCAAUGGCGAGGCUCCAGCGCUUAGCCGGUUCGGCUCCCGCUCGUGUUGGCCUGGUGGAGAGACAGCGGACGGCAGCUGCCGCCCCGGAGGAGGAUCUCGCUCUCGAGGCGGAGUUCGGAGCCCUUCCGCCAGCCGAUGUUCAGGAUCCCGCCGAGGAGCUUCAGGCCACCACUAUGCAGAGCAUGUUGCUAGCCCAAAUGCGGCAGAAUGCCAUCUUGCUGGAGAAGCUUGUGCACAAAGGCGGUGCUCUGGAAGAUGUUCUCGGCGGCGGCUCGGGCAGCGGCGGCGACAGCUCCGGAGGCGGAAUCAAGGGCCACUUGGCGAGGGAAGCUUUUCUGAAGCAGGUGUCGGAUCUCAAGAGCGUCGCCAACAAGGUGCAAAACAGUGCACUUUUGGAGCUUGGGAUGACAGAGCCGGAGCCUGGUCUGAUGAGGGAGUUCGUGGAAAAACGGAUCCCCCUGGCCGACCAAAAGGUUCUGCAACACGUCGCGGCCAUAGCCUCUCCCGGCUGGGAGCUCGGCUACCGAUCGAAGAACGAGGAGCUCAUGGGCUUCACCAGCCGGCUGCUGAUGUUCGUGGAGCAGAGCGCCUUGGAUGGGGGAAAAACCCAGCUCGGGUACCUCCUCAGCGGCUUCCCGGAUCCCACACCAUUGGGUUUCAUGAGCAGGCGAGCUCCGGGUUUGAAGAGCUUCUCAAGAUUAGCUCCGGCUCAGUGGAUGGCGGCGAACCUCGACUAUGCCGAGACUCGCAUAGCACAGCUUGGGAACAAUCGGCAGCCACCCCCGCAGAAGCCGCAGCCACCCGAAGUACCGAGCGAGGAUGCCGAGGAGCCCGGCAAGCCACCUCGUCGGCGUCCGCCCCGACGCCCGAAGAACGAUGCAAGCUAG